UGUGUACAGGAAUGUGUUUCAGAAUUUAUAAGUUUUAUCACAAGCAAGGCUAGUGAAAGAUGUCAACAUGAGAAACGAAAAACCAUCAACGGUGAAGAUAUCUUGUUUGCUAUGUCUACCUUGGGCUUCGACGAUUACGUCGAUCCUUUGAAGUUAUACUUACAAAAAUACAGAGAGUCUGCCAAAGGAGAGAAAGAGAUGAACCCCAAUGCUAUAAUGGGAGAAAAUGCAGUGGAGGAACUUGACGAAGCAUAUACCACAUUAGCAAAUAACAUCUUGUCAACAGAGCAGUCUGGCCAACAGAAUGUCCUUUACGCUUAUUCAGGCCAGAUGUUGCAACAAAUAUUCUAAAGAAAUCUGGACAUUUUCUUUUCCUUCU